CAGUUAUAUCAAAAGAAAUCUGCUCGUCGUGGAGCUCCCACGCGCGCAGCUCCCUCCUGCCCUCUGUCCAUCCAUGGCCGCACGCUGCUCGGCUCUCACGCCGUUGAUUUGGAGCGCCAGUGCGAGCCCUUCUCUGGUCCUCAUCUCCUCAGCCGCUCGGCCUCUGCUUCUCCCAUGGUCGUCGCGCCCUCUGCUCCUCCUAGCCCGUCGAGUCCCUCCCCAUCCGUGAGCUCGCCCUGCUCCCCGGCCUCCCUCAUCUUCCUCAGGUCCAGCCGUUACAUCAUUGGUCACGCUCGGGUUUUCCUCUCUUCGCCUCGGCGUCCUUGUCCAAGCGCCUUGCCUCUCCUAUCUCUGUCUUGCACUUCGUCGCCUCAACGCGCUCGCAUCCCUUGGGGCCGUUUUGCCUCCGCGAGACGCCAGCAGCGAGCUGAGUUUGGUUUCGCCGGGUUGCUCGGAUUUUGGGUCCGAUCCGGUCUUAGGCGUUCGCCAUGGCGUCUGGCUCCUCCCCUCUGUUGUCUCCCUCCUCAGGCACCAGCCGUGUCGACCUCCCUGCUCGCUGUUCUCAAGCUCGCUCCGGCCGUGAGUGCCGUCGAGCCCGUCGAACCCCGUCCUCCCUUGCUCGACCUUGUCCUCGCCCUUCUGGUGGCCACUGUCAGCAUGGUGCUUGACUGUGCUCCACUAUCGUCGCUGCUGCGUGCCUCAUUGUGUGCUCGUCGGGGGUGCUGUCUGUUGCGCCUCUGCACCCGCCCUUAUCGCUAGUGCCAACUCCGGCCGUCGCAACAUCUACUCCAUCCCGGCACCCUGCACUAGUGCUCGACAAAAAUACCAAACAAGUCAUCAUGCCAUUGUCUUCGUCGAAUGGAAAUCGUUGUGCUGACACAUCGAUGUCGUUGAUCGCCAUCCUCGUCCACGCCAAGUCCGUGUAACUCGUCGCCACACCCUGUAGCCGCUUCCACGAUGUUGCGUGGGGACUUUUUUGCGUCACAUGUGCUUCCACUCGUCAUGCUAAAUCCAUCUGCUUCCAUUUAUGUCGACAGCAAGCCGUGAAGAUGCUCUUGUGCUAGCCACGCGCCACCUGCUCGACCAAACUGAAUCCCCGGAGUAUCUGGUCAAGAAUUGAGAUUGUGUGCAUCGCUCGCCAGGUGUGUGUGGUCAAAGACGUCAACCGAAAACCAUCGUCGUUCCUCUGACUAUCGCGUCAAAUUGGUCAUGGUAAGCCAAUUUGUUAUUGGUGUUAGUUGGAUUGAUGAAUGGUCUAACUUGGUAUAUUAAUCGUGAUGAUACUGUGGUGAGCCGAAUGGCUAUUUCAGUUAUUGGUUCGAUGAUAGGGUUUGUUAGAUAUACUAAUUAUAUCGGUCUUCUUGCCUUAAGCUUAUGGGUGUCGUGGUUGUAGGUAUUGUUGGGGGCCUUCGUCCUCCGAAGGUCCUCAAAAACGUAAUUUAACAGUGUUUGCCAAGCAUGGUUUAUAAACAGGUACCUUCGGAUUCAGCAUUAAAUGCAUAUACGAUGAAGAGGACAUGAUCGUGACGAAGGUUGCUGCUACUUUGAAGCUAUGCACAAAGGAACUUUGACUCAAUCACGGGAAAAUGAACCGACUUAAAGGGGAAAAGGCUAUCUAGUCCUCAUAGAUUUUUCUAUAAGCCAAUAGUAAAUGUAAAGGGCAUGACUGUAAUUUCUCAUAGGCUGUGUCCUGUGCCUAUAAAUAGGUGAACAGUACCCACGUACUGUUCAUGCUGACUUGUGCUUGCUUUUGCAUCACGCUUGUACUUUUCUGCCUUCUAUCAAGUCGAAGGUACUUUUGUAAUUUAAUAUUGUAUCUGCUUUUCCAUGAUUAUAUAUGAUAAGAAUAUGUUGAUAAUGUUAUAUGA